UAAACCACAAGACGCCAGAUAAUCUGAGUUUGAACCAAUAGGAGGUGUAGACGUCGCGUUGUCCUCGUGCAGAUGACGCAAUGUCCUCGCUCCAGCGGCGGUUUGUUGUCGCGUGCUUGUUUAUUAUUGACAGCGCUUCCACACUGUUAGUAUCUGUACGUUGCAUUUUGAAGACAUGCUCUCAGUGAGAGGAAGUAGUGUUUGAAAACCAACCAAAGAAGAAGACAUGCCGGAGAAAUGUUCUGUCUGACCUUUUUCAAAUCAAGAUGGCCCAGCAUGCAUCUCAGCUGCUCCCGUCUGUGAUUUUGUUGCUUGGGCUGGUAAUCUACACAGUGUCCCAAAGAGGAGCCGAAGAACAGUUCAAAACGAAGCCCAACUUCAUCAUCAUACUGGCAGAUGAUAUAGGCUGGGGAGACCUGGAUGUUAACCAACCAGAGAAACAGACAAAUAAUACACCAAACCUCAACCAGAUGGCCCAGCAGGGGCUCAGAUUAACAGACUUCCACUCUCCCGCUUCUACCUGUUCUCCAUCUCGUGCUGCCAUCCUUACAGGCCGUUAUGGCCUCCGAAAUGGAGUGACUCAUAACUUUGCUGUGAACUCUGUGGCUGGCCUGCCUCUUUCUGAAGUCACUUUGCCCCAGCUGCUGCAGCAGGCUGGGUAUUACACCGCCAUUGUUGGGAAAUGGCACCUCGGACACAACGGACCUUACGGUCCAAACAACAGAGGUUUCGAUUACUUCCUAGGUAUUCCAUACAGUAAUGACAUGGGCUGUACUGACAGACCAGGAUACGAUCUACCCCCUUGUUUCCCUUGUGUUUCAUCAGAACCUAAAGUGAUCAGACAGAGUAGGAGCGUGCAUGGUGGCUGUUAUUCCAAGGUGGGCCUUCCUCUAGUGGAAAACGGCUCUAUUGUGGAGCAGCCGCUUGACCUUCGGGCGCUAACAGAGAAGUACAAAUCUGCUGCACUCAGGAUUAUACACGGUGCAAGGGCCCGAGUACAGCCGUAUCUUCUUUUUGUCACAUCAGCUCACAUGCACGUCCCACUCGCCCCCACGGUGGCUAACUCUUCAGGUGACGGGGUGUAUGCUGCCAGCCUGCGGGAACUCGACGGUCUGGUCGGGGCAAUAAAGGCUGCUGCCGAUGAAACAGAUAAAGGCAAUACUCUAAUCUGGUUCACUGGUGACAAUGGUCCUUGGGAACAAAAGUGCGAGUUUGCAGGAAGUGUUGGGCCUUUCACUGGAAAAUGGCAGACCAACAAAGGUGGAGGUUCAGCUAAGCAGACCACCUGGGAGGGAGGUCACAGGGUGCCCACUGUGGUAUAUUGGCCAGGCAGGAUCCCUGCAAACACCACCAGCUCAGCCGUGCUCAGUGGUAUGGACAUAUUUUCAACUGUUCUGUCUAUGGCAGGGAUAGCGCCUCCCUCAGACAGGCGUUAUGAUGGCAUUGACGCCACAAAUAUUCUCCUGCAUGGAGAACACUCUGGUCAUGAGAUCCUCUUCCAUCCUAACAGUGGUGCUGCAGGGAAGUUUGGGGACUUGCAAACAGUUCGAGCCGGAAAACACAAAGCUUUCUACAUCACAGGUGGACCAGAAGCUUGCAACGGUGGAACCGGACAGGUGCAGCUCCACGACCCGCCUCUUAUAUUUGACUUGGAGCAUGAAGAGGCAGAAGAAACACCUCUGCAGUUUGACACACCUGACUACAGGGCGAUUGCAUGGAGGGUUGCCCACAAGAGAGAUGAACUCCUAUGGGACAUUGCCACUGACAGAUCAGUGUCCACAGCAGACUAUAGCCAAGAUGAAUUAGCAGCACCAUGCUGUGACCGAACAAAGGCUGUCUGUCGAUGCCACACUGUGUGCUGAGGCCAGAAGAAACAUAAAAGCAGCUGCAAAAAAGCGCCAUGAGGCAGGCAAACAUAAGUGGAGACAGCCAACUCAUUUGCAUCUACGCAGCACUUGGUGUGCAGAAAGUGUUGAUUAAAAGGCUCAAUGUCCAGAUGCUGCAGAUGUGCAAACAUGACAUGGCAGCGGCUGAACUGCAGUAUGCAAUGUAAGAUUCAUUUUGUUGAACUGUAAACAAAGUCACAUUGUGAAAAUUUCCUGUUAUGGGGCAGCAUGCAGUUGGCGGUAGAGGGCGGCCCAUAUGUAGAUGCUGUUGGUCCUCGAUGCAGCCAUCCAGGGUAUAACGGGUAAAGAUGGAGAUUACUUGUUAUAUUUUAGGCUAAAUGAGGUCCAGUUUAAUGUUAAAUAUUGACAACAUAAGCAGAUGUAGCCAAGUUUGAGUCACUUUCAGAUUUAAUGAGUCACUGGGAAAAAUGUCCAGUGUCCAAACAGCGCCAUCUUUUGGCAGGUCACGUGUUAUUACCAGGUUUCCUAGUAAACUAUAUAGAAAUGUAAUAUAUACACAUUAUACAUAAAAUAAAAAUUCUUAACAUAC